UCUCACACUAAACACAAUACACCGACCCUGAGCUGAAAAUGUUGCGCAGGACUCUGACCAGCGUCGGACUGCGACUGAACCCACAGCAUGGCACAGGGAUGGGGGCACCGACAGCGGGACUGGGCCCGGACUACCACCGACGAUAUGUGUCCAGCUCCGCCGACCCCAGCACCAGCAGCAGCAGCUCCGUGGUGGGAGCCCCCAACAAACUGAAAGCCAUGGACGAGCUGCAAGGACCCAAUCUCUUGACCAACCUGUACUGGCUCUUUGUGAAGGGAUACUUCCAGACGACUCAGCAGAUGCAGAUCGAGCACCGCAAGAUCUACGGUCCGCUGUGGAAGUCGGAGAUAGGUCCUCUGACCCUGGUGAACGUGGCUCAGGCAGACCUGAUAGAGCAGGUUUUGAGGCAGGAGGGGAAACAUCCGAUCCGGACCGACAUGCCCGUCUGGAGGUUGUACCGAGAGAUGAGGAACCAGGCCUAUGGACCCCUGACCGAGAUGGGUGCCAACUGGCAGCGGAUCCGCAGUAUCCUGAACCCGCGGAUGUUAAUACCCAAACACGUUUCCUCCUACACUAACACCAUCAACGAGGUGGUGACUGAUUUUAUCGACAGACUGGCCUGGGUGAGGGAGAAAGACGGCCAGGGAGUAAUGGUCAAUAAUCUGACGGAGGAACUCUACAAUUUUGCUUUUGAAGGUAUCUGUUCAGUGUUGUUUGAGACACGUAUGGGCUGCUUGAACGAGGUGUUGCCUGAGGAAACCAAAAAGUUCAUUACCUCUGUUGGGGAAAUGUUCCACCUCACGCAGGUCGUGAUCCUCUUCCCCAGGUCCGCGUGGCCAUACCUUCCCGCUUGGAAACGGUUUGUGGCGGCCUGGGAUCACCUCUUCAAAGUCGCUGGGGAGUUGGUGCAGAAGAAAAUGGAGGAGAUCCAGGAGAAGGUGAAGCUAGACCAGCAGCUGGAGGGAGCGUACCUCACACACCUGCUGUUCAGCGACAAGAUGACGAUCACUGAGAUUCUGGCAAGCAUGACUGAGAUCCUGCUGGCAGGAGUCGACACGACCUCCAACACUAUCUCCUGGGCUCUGUACCACUUGGCAAAGCUGCCAGAGAUCCAGGAACAGUUGUACCAGGAAGUGAUAGGAGUUUGCCCCGGAGACAAGAUGACGUCCAGUGCGGACAUCGCUCAGAUGCCAUACCUGAAGGCCAUCAUCAGGGAGACGCUACGGAUGUAUCCAGUGGUGCCAGGAAACGCCCGCGUCAUUGCUGAAGAAGAUGUUGUGGUGGGAGAUUACGUCUUCCCCAAAAAUACGUUGUUUCACCUGUGCCACUACGCUGUGUCCUAUGACGAGAGCGUCUUUCCCGACCCUCACACCUUCAGACCACAGCGAUGGCUCCGUGGAGAGGUGGAGAAGGUCAAGCAUCACCCUUUUGGGUCGGUGCCGUUCGGUUUUGGGGUCCGGGCGUGUCUGGGUCGACGAGUGGCAGAACUUGAGAUGUAUCUCCUCUUGUCCAGGUUGAUAAAGAGAUACGAGGUGAGGCCGGACCCCACUGGACAGACGGUGAAGCCCAUCACCAGAACCCUGCUCUGCCCUGCUAAACCAAUCAACCUGCAGUUUCUGGACAGGAGGUGCUAGAGGGAGGAGGCGAGCGUGGGGGCAGCAUCGGGAGGAGUUUCUCUGUGAGCUGGUUUAGUAUUCACUUGGUGUCGCCUGCCUGUCACCGGACACCAUGGCUCAGAUACAGAGAACUGGCUGCGUGGAAUGUGCCAAAACUUUGACUUCGAAUAUAAUCUGGGUGGAGAAGUAGCUUGAACAGUAAAUAAUAAAAUGCAGUGUGUAUAGACAUUUAAAAAUUUUAAAAGUUUUAUGGAUGUAAAUAUGUAAUCUUUUACCUUGUGUCAGUGUAAAGGGUUUUGUCCGCUUUCUUUAGCUAUUGCUUAGCAGCAGGAAGAAUUUGAUGACCUUGACUUUGAGUGAGAUUUCCUUUAGGUUCCACAACACAAAAAUACAUAUAAAUUUAACGUCUUCAGCACAAAUCUCUAUGUUUUCAUUGCUGUCCACAAACCCCGUGAGAAACUUUGAAUAGUCUCCAACUAUCAGAUCAACUUAAAACUAAGUUGAUUUAAAAUUUUAACUUUUCCAAAACAAGUUAGCAAACUGGCAACGCCACUCAAACAGUGGACAUGUGCUGGGGUUACAGUGAAAGAGUGAUACAGUGUGUGUGUGUGUGUGUGUGGGUGUGGGUGUGUAUAUUGUGGGUAACAGAGUAUACAAAGUAUAAUUAACUAUAUUUGGUUACAAUUUAAAUCGGUGAGAAUCUAAAUACUUUACAUUUAUCAAUAAAUACAUGAAUUUUUACUAUUGUAAAGGUUCGUUAUUUAGACUGAUAUUUGAAAGAGUGGAAUGUUUAGUUAAAUAUUGUCCAUCCAGCUACUAAAUGUUCCAAGUAAACGGUGGAGUUCUUUUUACAACAUGCAUGAUGUGUAUUAUAGUUUACCCACUAAUUUCUAUGCACUAUUAUGAAUACCGACCUAAGUAUUUGGGAACAUUUAAACAACUGUAUGAGCCUACGUUAUCUACUAUCUACUUUAUUUAUAUUUUUUGAAUGCUCUAUGGAAAAUGAAAAGUCAUGUUUUUGUAUUUUUAUCUGGUUUAUUGUUUUUCCCUUUUUCAUAAAUGCUAUGAAAAAUAAAAGAUUAAAAAAACCUA